UUGGACCAGACAGCAGACAGUGCCCUAAAUAUAAGGAUACACUAACUGGAUUCUCACAGCAAACAACGUUGAAAUGGCGCCCUUAGCUCAAAAUGUAGACCCAUUCCAAGAUCGAAGCCCAAAUUCAGCCCUGGAUGAGAUAUCUGAUAUCAACCGCGGUAUCGACACCAUUGACCGCAACCUGGAACAGCUGAAGAUGCUUCAGCAGCGAUCUCUUGAUGAUGCCGAUAGCUCCGCUUCAAGCAACACCAAUAGACAGCUCGACCGUCUCAGUUCCGAGACAAUGGCUCAGUACAGGUCGCUUACCGAGCGCGUUCGCCAGUUGAAGAGCAAGCCCGAGAACACGCAGAGAUUCGGUCAACAGGUGCGCCGUGUAGAUGGUCGACUCAAGGAUGCCAUCCGGGCGUACCAGCAAGUCGAGUCGGCCUUCCGAAAGAAGACGGAGGAGCAGAUGGCCCGUCAAUACAGGAUCGUGCGCCCCGACGCCACCGAAGAAGAGGUCAGGGCUGCCGUGACCGACCAGACUGGUGGACAGGUUUUCCAGCAGGCUUUGAUGCAGAGCAACCGUAUGGGUCAGGCGCAGUCCGUGCUGAACGCUGUCCAAGACCGCCAUGCCCAACUGCAAAAGAUCGAGCGGCAGAUGAUAGAGUUGGCGCAGCUGUUCCAGGACAUGGAUACACUGGUUAUGCAACAGGAUGUGGCAGUCACGAACAUCGAGCAGAAGGGCGAGGAGGUUGUCGACAACUUGGACAGGGGCAAUGUUGAGAUCGGCACUGCCGUUAAUACGGCCCGAGCAACACGGAAGAAGAAGUGGAUUUGCCUGGGUAUCUCUGUUCUCAUUCUCGUCAUCCUUGCGGCUAUCCUGGCAGGCUAUUUCGUUACACACCCUCCCGGAGGUGGUAACAACAACAAUAACAACAAGCGAAGCUUGGAUGAGAUCCUUGGCAUUCGUUCCAUAAUCGAGAGCGAGUCUACGCCUCAGCUGCUGACCUCGAGAAUCAACGCGGAAUCGAGGCGAUGGCUUACCAGCACGACGACGUAAGUGCGGUGCACUGAAUCCGUCAUAAUUCAGUAAUGCCCGUGCACCGUCUGUGAAAAUUACUCCGAACAACCAUGGCGCUGCGCAAAUCCACAUUUCUUGGCUCCAAUGAUACCCGCAAUCGAUCAACCAUACAAGCUCCUCGGCUCCUCCAGUGCUUUUCACGAAUCUGCAACGAGCUCGUUUGUGAAACGAGUGUUUAGCUCGGGUUGUUCAACAUAUCUAGAUUCCCCCCCGCCCCGCCCUGGUUUCCCAACGGUUCCUCGUAAAGGCAUUUGGCUUGAUGUCAAAUUUCACUCUCGAGGAGUAAGGAGGGAACCAAUAGGUGCUCGCCGCAGCGCCUCCGAUACCAAUCGAUACCAAGUGGGCGUACGUCUCACUUGUGUAUUUUUGAUUCCAUCUUAUAUUUCUGUCAUUUCGUGCUCGGAGAAGGGGAGUUCGAUGCAUUUUCAAGGCGUCCGGAAUAAAAACUUUUUUUUUGAAUUAGUACACUAUUAUUUCCCCCAACCCUAUUUAAUGAACAUGCUUCUUAUUCCCAUGCUCUGUGAUUUAGUUUUGCUUGAUAAUGCCUAGGUAGGGAGUAAGUAGGUUAGAUAACAUUCCAUCUAGGUCAAUGUUUGUAAUCCGAAUGA